ACUCUGGGAACUGGGCGCCGAAACCCGCCACCAGGCUUAGGACUUCGCGAGUCCAGGACGAUGGUCUCUUAAGCACUGCGCACCACGCCUCCCUUCCAGCCCCCGACCGAGGCAGGCAGAGCUCCCGCGCCGGCUCCAGGGGUCUGGCUCCCCGGCAGGGGGGCAGCAGCUCCCGGAGGAGGAUGUCCUGGAGCCCGGAGGGGUCCCGGCCGAGCAUGGCCCGCGCGCUCCCCGACGUCGCCUCUGGCUAGGAUGGCCCCUCCGGGCCCGGCCGGAGCGCACCCAGCCCCGGCCGAGCCGCUGUCCCGCAGCAUCUUCCGGAGGUUCCUGCUGAUGCUCUGUUCGCUGCUCACCUCCCUGUACGUCUUCUACUGCCUGGCCGAGCGCUGCCGGACCCUGUCGGGCCCCGUGGUCGUCGUAGGGGGGCUGCCAGGCGGCGAGGAGGGGGUGCGCGCCCCAGGUGGCAGCGCCCUGGCCGGAGGCGGUCCCCGGGAGCCAGCGGCGUGGCCAGUUGCGCAGGGACGGCUCUCUUGGCAGCUGCGGCCGCGGAGGAGGCGCAGGCGGCCUCCGGGGCGCGAGGAGGCGGCCUGGGAGGAAGAGACCCCCAGCCUGGCCGGCGGGCCCGGGGGCUCCGGGGCCGGGAGCAGCGCGGCCGAGCCCCCGCCGGGGACCCUGGAGCUGCUGCUGGAUGAGGGCAGCAAGCAGCUGCCGCAGGCCAUCAUCAUCGGCGUGAAGAAAGGCGGCACGCGGGCGCUGCUGGAGUUCCUGCGCGUGCACCCCGACGUGCGCGCCGUGGGCGCCGAGCCCCACUUCUUCGACCGCAGCUACGACAAGGGCCUCGCCUGGUACCGGGACCUGAUGCCCAGGACCCUAGACGGGCAGAUCACCAUGGAGAAGACACCCAGCUACUUCGUCACGCGGGAGGCGCCCGUGCGCAUCUCGGCCAUGUCCAAGGACACCAAGCUCAUAGUGGUGGUGCGCGACCCGGUGACCAGGGCCAUCUCAGACUACACGCAGACGCUGUCCAAGCGGCCUGACAUCCCCACCUUCGAGAGCCUGACGUUCAGGAACCGGAGCGCGGGCCUCAUCGACACGUCGUGGAGCGCCAUCCAGAUCGGCAUCUACGCCAAGCACCUGGAGCUCUGGCUGCGCCACUUCCCGCGCCGCCAGAUGCUCUUCGUGAGCGGCGAGCGGCUCAUCAGCGACCCGGCCGGCGAGCUGGGCCGCGUGCAGGACUUCCUGGGCCUCAAGCGCAUCAUCACCGACAAGCACUUCUACUUCAACAAGACCAAGGGCUUCCCCUGCCUCAAGAAGGCCGAGGGCAGCAGCAAGCCCCACUGCCUGGGCAAGACCAAGGGCAGGACGCACCCCGACAUCGACCCUGACGUGGUGCGCAGGCUGCGCGACUUCUACCGGCCCUUCAACCGCAAGUUCUACCAGAUGACCGGGCACGACUUCGGCUGGGACGGAUAAUGAUAUAAUUUAAAAAGAGAAAAAAAAAAUCAAAUAUAAUAUAUUUUUUUACCAAUCGGUAGAGAAAAGGCCCUUUAAUAUUUGUGCUGAAAGCAUUUCUUUCACUAGUUUUUUCGAUGAAUGUUAAGAGAUUGUUCUCACCUCUGACCCCUUCUCCAUGUGUUUAACUUACACCAAACACUUGGAAAAACACAAAAAGCAAAAACUUUGCUCAUCUAAAUACUUGCCAUCUUUAAUUUUUAUUGUAUGUUUUGUAUGCAUAAUCAUAAAGUAAGAGCAUCAGUUGCCAUUAAACCUUUUAAGAAAAAUCUGAGGGGAAAUCAGUCUCUCUCUCUGGCUAACAAGGCCCAGACAAAAUCCAUAUCCAGCCUUGUGUAUUUCUCCCUUUAAGUUUUUUCAUCUCCUGUGCCACUUUCUCUAAAACGAUCUCCCAAUUAAUAACACUGUGUGGUUUUACACCACUUCAGUUAUCACGGUGUUUUUAAAAUAAAACAUUUUUUUGAUCCUUUUAUUACUGUAUGGUCCAAGAAUAUGGUUCACAGAGAUCAUGAUCCCCACUUUACAGAAAAGGAAACGUGAGUCUCAGGGAGGUUAUCUUAGGGCCAGAUGCUGACUCCUGGACAACCCUUCUUUCCCUCAUUCUUUAUUACAUGCCACUUUUCCCAGGAGAAUUGGAAAUAAGCAUCUGUACCAUUAAAAUUGGUUAGCCAGGUUGGACAUGGGCUCGAUGGGAUAGAGCGGGAUUCCUCUGGCUUUCUCAGCGCCAGGCCAGCUCUCAGCCUCGGUCAAACCACAGUCCCCUCCGGGAGACCAUCAGGCCUGGGCACAGAUUCUAUGAGGAGCCAAUCUCGGUUCUAAUGAAUCUGAGAGAAAUUACUGGAUUCUUGUAAUCAAGAACAAGGGACACAGUCCCACUGGCAGCAGACAAGGUGUGGGAGGAGCACAACUUACCUGUUUGUUCUUUUGGCCUGACUGUCCUAUUUUUUUAAUUAAGAAAAAGCCAUUUCUCUAAGAGCUUACACGUCUGAGUCUCAUUUUGAUUUGUCCCUUUUCCUUACAGAAAGCCUGCUUCUGUUUGUAAUAUCUCAUUUCUAACCUUGGAGCUAGCACUAAACAUGUAUCAAUAAACAUGUUACCAUGCCCUUAUUUUCCAUGCGUGGAGGACUGUCAACUUUGACCCUUUAUUUUUCCCCACUUCCUAUUCAUACUUAGUCUAACCUAAUAUCCAUUAGCAUUUGGAAAAUAGUCUCAGAAGUGCAGAUGGGUAAAAAUGGUGUUUUUUCCUCCUUUCCCAUCUGUUUCUCCCCAUCCACCAUUUAAAUAUCGCAAAUAAAUCAAUUGUUUAUUAAAAGGACUCCUUUCCUCUCUGAGUGGGCAUUAACAAGAUUAGCAUUAAUGGGAAUUAAAUUGGUUUAGAGAGGAGCGCAUGUGCACAAAAUAUAUAAAACAUGUGCAAUUAGCCUGUCGGCAACAUUUUAUUACAGGUUUAAACCCAAGAGGAGCAUGUUUCCUAUCUCAUGGAACUUUGCUAUAUCUGCCAGAAUUUUAAAGGACCAAACACUCUAGUAUUCUAAAAGCGCAUACCUUUUCUUCUCCUGUGUUGUCAAUCAAAAGAACUGAAGUUGUUUUGAAUAUGCAGUACAAUUUCCCAUUUGCCGCAGAGGUUGCAUCAGGAAGGAAGGAUUUCUUGAGAAGCCUAACACACGAUUGAAAGGAGUGGGGGAAAUCACUUGUUUCUAAGUAUUUCAUGAUCGCUCCCCGUCUUUGGCUCUAUUUUUUAAUUCCCACCUUUAGGAGUUCAGUGAGUCCCAAAUCCAGGUCCCUUUCUCCAGGUGACUUCCUUCCCCUCAGCACGCUCAGCUUUCCAGGGCCACGGCCUGACGCUGUUCCACUAGAAUUGCUACUACCAGCAACAAGAUGCUCAUUUUGAACUCUAUCUGUUUUUCUUAACUCGUUUUGUGUGUGCUUCUGAUCCUUUUAUAAGCAUUUGUUUGACAUAAUGCAAAAGGAGCUUGCACAGGGAAACAAUUGUAUUCAGCAAUCUUCAUCUUUUUUUGUGUUAAGAAACAAUAAUAAAAAAAUCAGAAUUGAGUGCAAA